AUUGAAAAUAGUUUCUGGUAUUUGACGAAUUAAACUUCUGUAAACAUUUGUACUUGCAUAAGUGCGGCAGUUUUGCGCUUUUAAAUUCAAAAUAAGUCAAUAAUGGUCCGAGUUGCGAUCUUCUGUGUGCGAAGGUGUCUAAUGCAUGGCUUGGUAAUUUGAAUUCAAUAUAAGUUGGAAAAUCUACAUCUUGAUUUGACAACUUCGCUUCCUUGCUUGUGACAUUUUAUGCAAAAGGUGCUGAAAACAGAGACGCAGGCAAUUUUUGCGCAAUCGUAUUUAAUGACCGGGGUCGUGCAGUUUGUUGUGUGCGUGAAAUAGAAGGGAAUCAGCUGUUUGGGUAGCUCUACAAAAUCAGAAAAUGUUUGGAAUAGUGCCUCGAUCUAUCAUGUCAGGUCAGAAACGAAGACGACGAUUGUUUCCAGUCUCGCCUACUCCUUCUGUUAUCCGCGGAUUGCAUUAUACAAAUGUAUACAGAUCCAGAUCGGCAAUAUCUGGUCAAAAAGCUGUACUGACAGAGGCUGUGAAGGCCAUCAAACCAGAUGAAGUACAGAAGAGGCACGUCACCGGUGACGUCAUCUCACCCGGUCAAGUAAUGGGCAUUGAACAUCUGAGGGAUCCCCGGUUGAACAAGGGCUUAGCAUUCACACUAGAAGAACGUCAGGCACUAGGUAUUCACGGCCUCCAACCAGCCCGUUUUAAAUCGCAAGAAGAGCAGCUGGAACUUUGUCGGAUAUCAAUACAACGCUACCAAGAAGAUCUGAACAAGUACCUGUACCUCACCGAAUUACACGACAGAAACGAAAAAUUAUUCUUUCGGCUAUUGUCAGAAAAUAUCGAGCAUCUGAUGCCCAUAGUUUACACGCCAACGGUUGGGUUGGCAUGUCAGAAGUUUGGGCUGAUUUACCGGCGGCCAAGAGGUUUGUUCAUCACGAUCAACGAUAUCGGACAUGUUUAUGAUGUCAUAAAGAACUGGCCAGAACCGAACGUGAAAGCCAUCGUAGUGACAGAUGGUGAACGUAUUUUGGGUCUGGGCGAUUUGGGCGCUUGUGGUAUGGGUAUUCCAGUGGGUAAACUUGCCCUUUAUACUGCCUUAGCUGGUAUCAAACCACACGAAUGUCUCCCGAUUGUACUGGACGUUGGCACAAAUAAUCAGAAUCUUCUAGAAGAUCCUCUGUACGUCGGACUAAGGCAAAGAAGAACAACGGGAAAAUUGUACGACGAUUUUGUCGACGAGUUCAUGCAAGCUGUAGUGAAAAGAUAUGGCCAGAACACGCUGAUUCAAUUUGAAGAUUUUGGCAACCACAACGCGUUCAGAUUCUUAGACAAAUACAGAGAAGAGUACUGUACAUUCAACGACGAUAUCCAGGGUACAGCAAGUGUAGCAGUGUCGGGCUUGAUGGCUUCUAGGAGAGUGACUGGAAAAAAAUUGACUGAAAACACGUUCCUGUUCCUUGGUGCUGGGGAAGCAGCAAUCGGUAUAGCUGAUUUGACAGUAAAAGCUUUGGAAAAUGAAGGUUUGACAGAGGAACAAGCUAGAGAAAGAAUUUGGAUGGUAGACAUUGACGGUUUGUUGGCGGUAGAUAGACCGGAAGGAAAUCUGGAGGGACACAAGAAAUUUUAUGCCAAAAAACAUCCUCCAAUGAAGGACUUCAAAGCAGUUGUUGAAGAAAUCAAACCGUCUAUAUUGAUUGGUGCUUCAGCAGCAGCUGGCGCGUUCACACCUGAAAUAUUGAGGAUGAUGGCGACAUUCAACGAGAGGCCUAUCGUUUUCGCACUGAGUAAUCCUACCAGUAAAGCAGAAUGCACGGCUGAACAGGCGUACACCAAUACAGAUGGACGAGUGAUCUUCUCUAGCGGAUCCCCGUUCGGCAAAGUGACCGUGGGCGAAAAGGUCUUCCAUCCUGGCCAAGGUAACAACGCCUACAUUUUCCCUGGCGUGGCCUUGGGCGUCUUACUCUCCGGCAUCCACCAUAUCAGUGAGCGCAUCUUUCUAAUUGCCUCCGAAACGGUCGCUAACCACGUGUCGGACACCGAUCUUCAGCGGGGAAGUCUCUAUCCUCCAUUGAGUUCCAUCAAGGAGGUCUCGAUGCAGAUCGCCAUGAAGAUUUUGGAUCAUGCUUAUGAGGAGCGUAUAGCCACAGUUUACCCAAAACCGAAAGACAUGCGGACAUACGUGCAAGAAAACCUAUACAAGUACUAUUACGAACCUGCUUUGGUCCCGACUUGGGGUUGGCCUGAUCACCCUGUCGUCAAAACAAGAGCCUAUCCAAAAUCUGAGAGAAAAUUUUACCAACCGAAAGAAACCCUAUGACAUUCGAAAAGAUAUUUGUCAAUAAAAAAAUGUCCUUUAUAAGCUUUCGAACAAGUUCAUUCUAAACUAACUUAAUGUGAUAUAGAAUUGGACUAAUAGGCCAUCCCAAACAGAUGAAUAGAAAAGAACAUGAACUUCGUCGAAAAAUGGUGGUUCUGUUAUUUGCUACACAUUAUCGGCACGACAAAUCCAAAAGUCACAUCUCUCUUAGCUGAUGUAUGUAUCAUUUUGGGUACAUAAAAAGGAAUUGCGUCCGUGUAUCCUAAGCCCAAGGACAUGCGAGCCUACAUAGAAUCUCAUCAGUACAACUACAACUACGAACCUUCUCUACCCCAGGUAUGGCCGUGGCCCAACCCUCCGUACAUCAAGACCAGACCAUUGGAGCCAACCAAAUUGAAAGCGUAGUACACUUGAACAAAUAGUUGAAAGAAUUGUUUUGUCUUUUGCGAUGACGAUAAACGCAAGCUAGCUGUAAGAUAUUUAAAUUAUUUUCGGUAUUUGGCAGAACUCCCGAAGAUGGUCUCUUACAGAUUUCAUGAAAAUAAUCAAAAUCCCAUGUAUACCACUUAGUAUUUUCGUCUAGAUACUAUUUUAUAGUACAAUAUAAUAUCUUCAUGCCAUCUGCAGAAUCAAACAUCAUUCGAAACAUAAGUUUAUGGAACAUCAAAAGUUAAUACUCUGAAGGUAACAUCGUUACGAUUUUCAUUGUCAAUUUAUAAAGUAUAAGGUAUCAACACCCCCAUUGAAGUUCAUGUGGCAAAAUAGAGAUGGCUUCUGCAGUUCUGUCAAACUAUUUUUAAUAAAUUUACGUAAGAUGUGAUUUAAAAUAUGAUCAUUUAUUUAUAUUGUACGUGCUUCAUCAAAUAAGCGUAUCCUUGGUUUUUAUCAUUUUAUUAGGAAUUGUGCCAUAUAUGUGUACUUAAUCAUUUUUCAUUUCGGAAGUAUUAUAAAAAGUAUUUUUUAUUUCACCAUCUGUAGUUUUAAUUUAUUGUCGAGCAAUAACAGUAUUUGUUUUCUGGUCAUUUUUAAUCCAUUAAAUACCUUUCAUGUAUUGAUAAGGUAAAAAAUAAAACCAUUGUAUUGUUA